AUAAAGAAAUCAACAAAUGCAAUUGAGACGGAGAAAUGUUUGGAUCUUGCUAGAUUUUGUAAAGUUUAUCGUGAAUUGACAAAACGUUACAGUAAACGUCGUAGUGAAUCUGAAGAGCAAAAUUGUGUAACCGUAAGUACUCUGACUAGUAACUAAACAUUGUUUUUGUCUAGAGAAUGGUAAGAUCGGUUGAAUACUGUAUAUUUAACUGCAAGUAUACAUAUUACAUGUAUUCUAGUAAUUUUUUCCAACUCAUACUUUGAGAAUAUUACGUAUCAUUUAACUAGAGAGAGUUUACACUAAAACUGCCCCCGGCUGAUUAUGGUGUACUAACUACAGUAGCUGUUAUAAAAAAUGAUCAUGCCUUAUGGCUUACAAAUAUUAAUACGACAAAAUGCUAUUACUAUUUUCUGACUUUCUUUUAAAACGCUUAGAAGGUUGAUAAAAUUGGACGAACUUUAAAAGUGAAACAGUAACCACGUGUAACUUGAUCCUUGUGCAUCUAUCCGGCUGAAGGAAUGGCGCUUUUCAAUAUAAUGGAACAAUGACUACGAGUCCCUUGUUACAAACGUUUUAUAAUGUGACCGUUGUGUGUUAAGCUUUGCUCGAUUUUUAGUGUGAAGUUUCUUCGAAACUUCACAGUAUUGUGAUGACUGGGAGGAAAUUCAAACUUAUCAGUCAGUCAGUCAGUCAUUCAGUCAGUCAGUCAGUCAGUCAGUCAUUCAGUCAGUCAGUCAGUCAUACAGUAAACUUUCCGGGGGGUGUAUACGAUUUAUGUUCGUAGUGAUUUAUUGUGCUUUGUCAGUACUUUGAAGGUUAUUUAAGCAAUUUCAGUUAACUUAUUUACAUAUUCUGUUAUCCUUUUGCCAAGUUCACAAAAAUUUUGUAGAAUCGCUUUUGUUAUUGUAUUUUUUUUGUAAAUUUUAGAACAUUCGCUUCUCAUGUUGUGUAAAGGAUCUUUACCCCGGAACACCCGAUUUUUUUUAGUAGCGCAAAUGCGCAUGCGCUAUCAAGCCGUAGAUCACGAUGGCGUGACGAUAUGCUGGGAAGGAGUGACAGUGUUGUUUUCAGAUGUAUAAACAUUUCAGACGUGAAUAUUGAGUAAAUUUUUGAAAAUCUACGCAAUAUAUAAAUUGAUCUUAUGCAUUACGGGCGUUCAAUUAAGUGUCGAUAAUAUUUAGACGGUAUAUUCAUUAUACAGAGCUAGGAAGGAGCUAGACCGCCUAGACAGUGCAGUCAACACUCAAGUGUAUAAACAUUUCAGACGUAUUAAAUAUUGAGUCGAAAAUCUUUGAGAUUCUAGGCAUUCAAUUGAGUGCUGAUAUUAUUUUCACGGUAUACUCAUUAUACGGAGGUACAGUACGUACGAAGAAGCGAGACAGUGUUGUUUUCAAGUAUAUAAACAUUUCAGACAUGAAUAUUGAGAAAAUCUUUGAGAUUCUACGCAAUAAUAUAAUAUAUAAAUUGAUGUUAUAAUUACCGGCAUUCAAUUAAGUGCCAAUCGAUAUUAUUUAAACCGUGUAUUCAUUAUACAUUGUUAUUGACUGUAAAAGGUGCUACAUCACAGAACUCAGUACAAAGAGCGAAAAAUUGCAUCAGAUCAAUAAAGCGUAAACAACUAUUAAACAGAAGCGGGUGUUUGUACAGGCGUUUACGAAGAAAAUAUUGCGAGACGAAAGAAAUCAGUUGAGUCAGAGCUCCUUAUUUAAAUAAGAAAGACGAGGAGAUAGCCAAUGUGUUAUCGCCAACGUGUUAUCGCCAAUCGCUUGGCUCGCCAACAAGAUUUAUGCAAUGGAAGAAAAAAGCAAGGAGGUACAUGUAGCCAACAUGUACUGUCACGGACCUUGUUUACUGUCUAGCACAACGCCGUUGUCAACGGUGCAAACUCGUGUUCAGUGCAACGAUAACUCUACCAGAUCUUACGAGAAUCAAUCUGUAGUAUUCUGUAUACAGAACUGUAUCAAAGCUUGUCAAAACUGCUUUAAACACUGCAGCUAUAACUGUGAAACUAUUGAAAUCUAAAGUGACAUUAUUCAACACAUGCGAAAAGCUGAAAAUAGACACAACGUGACCUUCGAAAAGUCAAAGGUCAAUGAGACUUGUUAUUGUCAAACAUGUCACAAUUAGGUUAAAAUGCGGAAGCGGAUGGAGCGGAUCCACGGAACGGAUAUGCGGAUAAAAUAUGGAACGGAUGAAGAUAAAGUGCUUCCUUUCAAUGAUAUAACGACGUAGUGCUUAUUAUUCAUAACAUAUUGUAUACAGCUAUUUCAAUUAUAGUUUUAGAUAAGUUUAGCAUAGCAGUAGCCUCGUGGGGAUGCUUUUAGCGACAGCUGCAAAUACAAAUGCAAAUGAAAAUUUAGAAUAUGCAAAAUUUGGUUGUUGGUGAAACAAUUGAAAUUUAGCAUGCGUGUAGCAUCACAAUAAAUAGAUAAAUUGUGUCAGUUUCACAAGGCACGUUUCUGAUGUGUCGGGCUUGUUUCAAACGUCGUGCGCCGAGCGCAUGAGAUGAAAUGCCUUUGGUAAUUGUUUAUUUCGUAGUGUAAGCGAUCAGCUUUUCUAGGUUGUCGGCGAACCUAUAUAGUUCUUGCAGUGUCUUUUUCAAUUUGAAACUUCACACUAUCCUUGGAUCCCUAGUUUAUAUUUGUAUUUGUUUUUGACUGACUGAUGUGUGAACCGAGUCUUUUGGUUCCUGUUUCGAUUAAUGUGACAAACCGUAUAGUUGAUACUUGAUAGACACGGAGUUUUUAAUCUUGUGUUACUAUUUGACCUUAAACAAUUUAUAUAUGUUGCGCGUGAGGGGACUUCAACACCUCCCAUUGUUUUUUAGGUAUUAUCCACCAAUGCUUUGCGGGCAAAAAACGUAAAUACUUAAAUUUCUCUGCCUCUGGUAUAUACCGUAUAUAUAUAUAUAUAUAUAUAUAUAUAUAUAUAUAUAUAUAUAUAUAUAUAUAUAUAUAUAUAUAUAUAUAUAUAUAUAUAUAUAUAUAUAUAUAUAAUAUUACGUGCGGGAACUUCAAUAUAUUCCUCUUCGGGUUUUGGCCCUUUGGGGCCAAAACCCUGCGGGGGCAAUAAUUUUACGUUUACAGAGUGGUACACAUAUAGAUAGUGAUACUUGGCCAUGUGGAGACACUUUAUUUUCGAUUGUGUUUUUUUGUUUUCAAACUGUGCUCACAAACGUUAAAUACACUGUAUAGCGGUUCAACAUAGCUAGCUUAUUGUUUUCCAACAUGUUUCUUUUUUCAGAGAGUUGAUUUGGACAAUCAAGAUCUUACAAUAUCUGUAAUUCUCUCAAGGUAAAAUUUUAAAAAUUAAUGUGAAGAACUUUAAAUCUUCGAACUUCAAAAAUGCUUUAGUAAUGUUUGAAUACUAAAUCUAAAUUUCCUUUCUACUUUGUCGCAAAAUGUUUGUAAAACGACGUGCACUAAACAAGUGUAAAUAUCUGACUGUCUGUACUUAAUAAAUAUAUUAAAAAAAUACAGUCCCACGUGUGAAGUGUCUUGAAUCGUGAGCCAGCAACCAGCGUGACUUAAAUCGCACUAAGUAACGCGACAUACUUUUCCUAUAAAAAUAUUUGUGUUUUUAAAUAUAAAAUAAAAUAAAAUAAAACAAAAGGAAUCGUCUUAAGCAAAAUUUGUAUAAAAUAUUGUACUCUGCAGUCUGCACUUGAGAUGAUAUAUACUUGUGGAACUAUGUGCUUUUCUGUUAUAUGCGAAAUAUAGCAGUUACUCCAUGGCAAAACCUAAAGUUCUGUGCGAUGAGAAACUAAAGUCAGAAAUUGUAACAUUGAAUAAAUAAAUUACAAUGGUUUCAAAGGCACUGAUUGUUUUAAUUGAUUAUUUUACUGUUUGGAAUUUAAUAAUUUUUAAUUAAAUAUAAUUUUUAAUAAAUUUAUUAUAUACAUGACAAAAUUACUGCAAUCUGAUUGGUUAAGAGGAGUGCAAGUAUUUCAUUAAUUGCACUCUCCAGGAGUGCAAUUAAUGAUUUUCGUAAUGGCUGGGGGAGCGGGAAAUCAAAACAACAAAAAUUCAAUAUGGCGGCCAAAUUUGCCUUACAAACGUGGACGAAUUUAACUAAAUUUUGGCACCAGAAUGAGUUUAAAAAACAUAGUAUGGCAAAAAGAGCGUGUGGAAAAUACCUGGAAGUAGUUUUAAAAAAUAAUAUCGGCGGUAUGCAGCGAAACGUGACUAUGUAAGUCUGUAAUAUAAUUUAUAAAGAUUUUCUUACUCUAAAAUAUGUUGUUUGAGUUUGAAUCAUGUGUUCUAGUUUAAGUUAUAUGUGCCUUUAUGAGUUUAUGAUUAUUUUCCAAGUUUGCUUAUGCCAAAUUGCUUACAAAACAGUUGAAAACUCUUGGCAAAAUGCAGUUGAAAUUUAAAGAAAGUGAUUUUGUCAUCCAUAUAAUAAAUAAAUAAUCACACGGGCAAGUCGUGCAAUUAAUGAUUAACACUACUCGUGACACAUUUUUCAAAAAUCACUCGUAGUUUUAAUCAUUAAUUGCAUGCACUCUUUCCCGUGUGAUUACCUAUACUAAUUCAGUCGCCAAGUGUAUAUAAAAUUACUUCCUAUAUAGGCACCUGCAGUCGAUAUGACUUAUUUUUAUUUCUCAGUUUUCGUAGAAUGCAUGCAAGUUUUAACUUACCAGAAGAGGCAGCAAACAUAUCGCAAAGUGUUUUUUUUUUAUAGCGUUGAUGCUGUUCAGACAGAACCAGUAGAGGAAUGUUGUAUAUGUAUGGAGAGACAUUCUGAUGUUUCACUGGCUUGUGCUCAUAGUUAUUGUAAAGAGUGUAUACAUCAGUGGUAAGAUAUACUGUAUACUAUAUCUGUGAUAUUCGCUCCGGCGGAUCGUGUGCAAUUUGUUGUUUUUAUCACGUUAUGAAGUCAUCUGUAUCUACACGUAUAACUGAACAGGCGACUGCAAAAAUCACAAUACAUUUAAGGUGUUAGUUACAGUAAUUCGGCACUAUACCCCAUUUUUCCAAUAACGUUUACUCAUUUCUAUAGACCUGCCGAAAGUAACAACUAUUAUGAAAAAAUUGUUCAACUUCAAAAUUUUGCGUAGCCUAAAAUAUAUAGGUCUGUUUUAGUACGCGAAAAAAUGUCACUCGUUUGACUUGCACUUGGAAGGUUACAAUUUAGCUCCUUGGCUUCUUUAAGUACUGUAAGUACUUAGUUAAGAUGUUUUCAAUUAAGGUACAGUAAAUUAAAAUAAAUAUUUUAUGGAAAUAGAAAACUUAUCUACAGUAUUUUUAGGUUUGAUGAGCACAAUACAUGUCCAAUUUGUCGUAAAAAAGUUCAAGGUCAGGACGAAUUCUGGGUAUUAGCAGACAAACCAACUGAAAGUGAAAUGGCUGAUUACGUCAUGGGUUUUACAGACGAAGAUAAAUAUUCAUGA